AUGAGCUACGCCUACUCACGCAGCGCCGGCGCUUCGUCUUCAUCUCUCCCUACCUUCACGUCCGCUCAAAAACCAGACUCGGGCACUUUGUGGAGGGCCCUCGAGAGGAUACCUGCGAAGGCGAAGGGAUUGGUGGCGGACGGGUUGGUGGAAGCUCGAAGGACCCGUGCCAGAGCCGGAAUAUGGGGCAUGGUGAAAUUGCUCCUCCGGCGCCUCUUCACUGUUGCCAAUGCCGUGGUUUUUCUAUGGAUGCUUACAUUGUGGCGGGGCGAGCGGACGGUAUUUCAAGAGGCCAUUGAUCGCUGUGUCUGGCAGAGCUGGGAGAAAUGGCCUUCAGGAGCCACACCGCACCACGUCGCCUUCAUUGCAGAUCCACAGCUCGUGGAUCCUCACACUUACCCCGGUCGACCAUGGCCUCUGUCAACGCUGACUGUCAAGUACACGGACCAAUAUAUGCGCCGAGCAUUUUCUUUGAUUCAAGAGAAUCUCGAGCCCGAUUCGGUCCUGUUCCUUGGUGAUCUUUUUGAUGGUGGACGAGAGUGGGCGACGAGCACGACGACCAGCCCCGAGGCGCAAUAUAAGAAAAUCAAGGAUUCUUUUUGGAAGAAAGAAUAUGGUCGGUUCAUGAGAAUAUUCAUGGAUCCUUGGUUGGAACAAUAUACGUCACCAGCUGACAAGCGUGGCCGUCGGUUCAUCGCCAGUCUUCCUGGAAACCAUGAUCUGGGAUUUGGUAACGGCAUCCAGGAAGCGGUCCGUCGGCGAUUCCAGAGUCACUUUGGCGUCGGCAAUCGCGUCGAUGUGAUUGGCAAUCAUACAGUUGUCUCAGUUGAUACCGUUUCCCUCAGCGCAAAGGAUCAGCCGGAUCCGUUGACGGGGAGCUCGCCAUCCAGCGAGGGCGGCGAUGAGACAGCUUCGCGACCAAUCUGGAAAGACGCGGAAGAUUUCUUGGACGCCAUGGCCACCCGCAAAUCCCACGCGGAGACGGAAGAGCUCCGAAUGCUUCGGAACCAGACCGAGGAUAUGCGCUUCAAACAUCGCAUCGUUGAAGCCGGCGACGACUCUGUUGAGCAACUCCCGCAGCCCAAAUCCGCCGGAUUCCCCACCAUUCUUCUCACGCACGUUCCGCUGUAUCGCAAAGCCGCCACGCCAUGUGGUCCAUUGCGAGAACGUAUGCCCCCCUCGGCUCCCGGCUUGGAAGAGGACGAGCCGAACUCGCUCCGGCUGGGAGGGGGGUAUCAGUACCAAAAUGUACUCACGCAGGCCAUCUCGACGGAACUGGUUUCCAAGGCCGGGCCCAACGUGGUUCAAGUGUACUCCGGCGAUGAUCACGAUUACUGUGAGGUCCGGCACCGGGAGUUCAAUGGGUCACCCAACGAGAUCACGGUGAAAAGCUUGUCGUGGGCAAUGGGUGUGCGACACCCGGGCUUCUUGCUCACCAGUCUCUGGAAUCCCAUUGACCCCAUUACGGGCCAGUCCACCGCGGAGGGGUCCUCACCCACCAUUCAAAACCACCUGUGUCUUCUUCCGGACCAAUUGGGAAUGUUCAUCCACUACGCCACCAUCCUCGGCCUCAGCCUUGUGGUGCUGUUUGCCCAGGCUGUCUACUCGACUUUCGUGACCUCCAGCUUCCCCGCCUCCGGCAACGGCGCCGUACUUCCGCUCAGCGAGAAACGGGGCCCUGCCUCCCAUCAUCAGUACCAGACCUCCGGUACGUCCAGCUCCACCUUCCCCUCCGGUAGCCUGAUUGAGCGCUCCGGGCUUUUUCCCACGUCGCGGUCCGUGGGCGGCAAAGACUCUGGCGAUGCUUAUCGCGAUUUAGAUGGCGACGAGACGGUCAGCACCAAACGCAAGGAUCUGUACCGACCGGCGGGGACUCGUCGGGGUCCGCGAGGGAAAGCCGCGGUGCUUGGACGGCACUUUGUACGAUCUGUCCGUUUCGUGGCGGUGAUUGUCCUGGGGGUCUAUUUCUUGAUGAUCUGGCGCUGGUAG